AUGUCGUGCAGACUGCGCAUCCCGCUCCGCCGCGGAUUUGUUUUGCGCUCCCCUCAGCCUUUGUGUACACCCGUGUCCCCAAAGCAUAUGGUGCACACAGCGGCAAGCACACCCGCCACGCCAGCGUGGCCAGCGCUUGGGCCGGUCUACAAUACCGAGUCGAACAAGCUCACGGAGCUCGUCAGCGACGAGCUCAAGCUCCCACGAUUUCCCGCUAGUGCCGAUGCCAUCGUGCCUGUUGAUACGCCCCGCCAAUUUUAUGGUCUACUAAAAACAAAGAUUAUGCAGGCAAAAGAGCGCAUUUUUAUUGCGACGCUCUACAUCGGAAAAGAAGAGAAAGAGCUGCUGCAAGUCACGAUCCUGAUGGAUGCGAUGCGCGCAACGCGUGAAAGUCCCAAGAGUGUGUCGAGCGCGUCCUUGUUAUCGCACCUGGCCGCCAUGUUUCCCGAUCAGGUCGAUAUUCGCCUGUACGCGACGCCUCUCCUGCGCCCCAACAGCUUCAAGUCGCGUCUCAUUGGGAAACGCUUUAAUGAAGGAUUCGGAUUGCAGCACAUGAAAGUGUAUGGCUUUGACGACGACGUGAUUAUCAGCGGUGCGAAUCUCUCGCGAGACUAUUUCACGCGGCGGCAGGACCGCUACGUGAUGGUCCGGCACCACGCACAGCUAGCUGACUACUUGAAUGCGCUGGUGCUUCUCAUCUGCCGUUUCAGCUACGCGCUGCAGUAUAACGGCAACAUGGCGCUCCUGGAACGCAUAAAAAAAAACUUGGCAGUCAUGGACGACGAGUCGGACGAGAUCGCCGCGAUGCAUGCUAGUCCAUUCAGUCUCACAUGGGACGGCGGCGUGGGUCUGCUGAAUGUAGAAGAUGCCGACGGGACCAUUUCAUCCUCGGCAUUGUGGCAGUCGAUGACCAAGUUUCCCGAGCGUGACUGGGCUCGGCUAGCCUCCCACAAGCUGCACGAAUUUACCGCACGGUGGUACGAGCGCACGCAGGACCCUGCCAAUGGCCCGACGCGGUACAACACCGGGGCCAGCAAUGAUACGCAUAUUGUGCCUCUCUUGCAAAUGGGCCAGCUCGGGAUUACACAAGAGGCUGCCAUGAUACCCUACAUGAGCCGCUUCCUCGGCGCUUUCCGCCUGCGCGACACGGACAAGACGCAGGAAAAGGCGACAGAUGCAACGUACCCCUAUACGGUAGUUGAUAUCACGUCGGGCUACUUUAGCUUGUCUGGCGUCUACAAGUCGCUUGUUCUUUCGCCCAACCUGCAUGCAUAUGCAGAAAAUCCAGGCAGUGUCCCAGUAUGCUUCCGGCUAGUCGCUGCUUCACCCGAAGCGAAUGGGUUCUUUGGCAGCCGAGGGAUCAGUGGGAGAAUCCCGGCUGCGUAUACGUACUUGGAGCGCCGGUUCUGGGAGCAGGUCGUGCAGAAGAACCUCGCGCGGCCGCUUCCUGGUCAGCUCGCUACAGCUUUGCCUGCAGAGGCAUCGCAGGAAGGCGCACCUCCCGAACAAUACCCCGUUCCGACCAUCGAGUUGCGCGAAUGGCGCAAGUAUGGCUGGACGUACCACCAAAAGGGUGUUUGGAUCACACCGCCCAGCUCCAGUAUGCCUAGCGUGACGCUGAUUGGCUCGUCCAACUACGGCGCACGGUCCGAAAAGUUUGAUCUCGAGUGCUCGCUACUUGUGUCUACGACGGCACCAAAGUUGCGAAAAACAUUGCAAAAAGAGGUGUUGGAGAUGCGCUACGAUGCGCGCGACGUGAUAGACUCGGCUGUGUUUGCCUCCCCGGAGCGCAAGGUCGAUCCCGUGACGCGUAUCCUCACCAACCUGUUCCAGUACAUGCUAUAG